AUGAAGGACGCCCGUCGCUCUGAGAUGAACGAACAGCGGGACAUUCAACUGUUUUCACUCUGUGCACUUUUCAUUUUCAAGCUAUUUGUUCUGCAAGAAUAUUGUGGGUGUCUUAAUGGGGGCUGGUGCCAGGAGGAAGGACGCUGUGAUUGUGCUCAGUUCCAGGGUCUCGGGGAUCGCUGUCAAAUCAUUCCCAACCAUGGUCAGGACAGGGAUGGGAUUUGCCGUUCAUGGGGUCAGCAUCAUUUUGAGACCUUUGAUGGGAUGUAUUACUACUUUCCUGGAACCUGUUCAUAUAUCCUGGCCAAAGACUGCCAUUCCACAGAGCCCCAGUAUACAGUGUGGGUUCAUAACAGUCGUUCAUGUAGAGCUUCAGUGUAUUCAUGUCCACGUGGUCUGACGCUGUUCUUCCCAAAUGAAGAGGAAAUCUAUAUUAGUGGUUAUCAGGUGCUAAAGGGAGGACAUAUGCUGAGUCUGCCGCAGACAGUGCGCAAUGUUUUCAUUGAGCGCUUGGCUGACUACAUCCUGGUGAAGAGCACAUUUGGCUUCUCUCUGGCAUGGGACGGGAGCUCUGGAGUCUACCUCAAAAUGACUGAAGCACACAAAGGAAGGCCUUGUGGUCUGUGUGGAAACUAUAAUGAUGACGGAUCGGAUGAUCUCAGCAGCAGCCGCGGUAUAGUCUCUGACAACAUUGCUGAUUUUGGGAACAGCUGGGCAGUAGAUUUGCCCCAAGAGAGACCCUGUCCUGAGGUUGAUGAUGAUUUCCCUGGACCUUGCUCAUCUGAGUCCGAUAUGGAUCGCUUGGCUGACUACAUCCUGGUGAAGAGCACAUUUGGCUUCUCUCUGGCAUGGGACGGGAGCUCUGGAGUCUACCUCAAAAUGACUGAAGCACACAAAGGAAGGCCUUGUGGUCUGUGUGGAAACUAUAAUGAUGACGGAUCGGAUGAUCUCAGCAGCAGCCGCGGUAUAGUCUCUGAAGACAUUGCUGAUUUUGGGAACAGCUGGGCAGUAGAUUUGCCCCAAGAGAGACCCUGUCCUGAGGUUGAUGAUGAUUUCCCUGGACCUUGCUCAUCUGAGUCCGAUAUGGAUGAUGCCAUUGAGAAGUGCAGCGCAUUGCUUUUCUUUCCUUUCAUCUCCUGCCAUGAGAACAUUGACCCAAAUCCAUUUGUCGCCAGCUGUGUUUCGGACAUGUGUGUAUCAGAUGAUGAGGAGACAUUUUGUCGGACUCUUGUUGAGUACACCAGGGCCUGUUCUCAUGUGGGAUACCCCGUCAGAGAAUGGAGGGACAGUUUUCCUACAUGCGCGGACGGAUGUGAGGAUAGUUUUGUCCACAGAGACUGUAUCAGCUGCUGCCCACCCACAUGCACAUUCGAGAAGGAGUGUUUAGGCACCAAUCUACACUGUCUGGAUGGAUGCUACUGCCCAGAUGGUCUGAUUUUGCAGAAUGGAACCUGUAUAGCAGUGUCUCAGUGCCCCUGUGUGUACCAUGGUACAGCAUAUCCUCUUGGUCAUGUAUUGGAGCAGGGCUGUACUGUCUGUGUCUGUAUGGGAGGAGUGUGGAACUGCACCGAAAACAAUUGCACUGCGGAAUGCACAGUAAUGGGUGACGCACAUGUGACCACAUUCGAUGGGCGGAUCUUCAUGCACAUGGGCUCUUGCCAGUAUGUGCUAGUGAAGAGCCGUGGCAGCACCAAGUUUACUGUCACACUACAGUACAGAGCCUGUGGAGAGUCUCAGGAACACUCUUGCAUCCACUCAGUGGCUCUGGUGGUGGAUGAAGAUGUCAGCAGGCAGGUCACUCUCACCAGAGAGGGGGAAAUUGUUAUUGGGGCCAGUAUGGCUGUCAAUUUGCCUUACUCGGAUGCGGAAUGCACAGUAAUGGGUGACGCACAUGUGACCACAUUCGAUGGGCGGAUCUUCAUGCACAUGGGCUCUUGCCAGUAUGUGCUAGUGAAGAGCCGUGGCAGCACCAAGUUUACUGUCACACUACAGUACAGAGCCUGUGGAGAGUCUCAGGAACACUCUUGCAUCCACUCAGUGGCUCUGGUGGUGGAUGAAGAUGUCAGCAGGCAGGUCACUCUCACCAGAGAGGGGGAAAUUGUUAUUGGGGCCAGUAUGGCUGUCAAUUUGCCUUACUCGGAUGACAUGGUGAACGUUCGGCGGCUAACGUCGAUGUUUGUUGGUCUGCGGUCUGUGUUUGGCCUGAGGUUUCAGUAUGAUUGGCAGGGUGGACGAAUCUACCUUCAGCUGGACAGCACCUGGAUGGGCUCCACGCUCGGCCUCUGCGGGACCCUCAACGGAAACCUACGGGAUGAUUUCCUUUCUCCUGCCGGGAUGAUUGAAGGAACUCCACAGCUGCACGUCAACGCCUGGAAAGUGUCUUCAGCAUGCUUAAGCCCUGUCAACAUACCCAUUAUUGACCCCUGUGAAAUGAACCAGCAAAAUGUGUUUUAUGCUGCCAGGUGUGAUGUGCUUUUGGAGGAAGUGUUUGCGCCAUGCCAUGCAUAUGUGAGUCCCAGCAUGUACCACCAGCAGUGCCGCUACCAGGCCUGUCGAUGUGGCAGCGCCUGCCUCUGUGCUGCUCUGUCCCACUACGCAUACAUCUGCAACAAACAUCAUGUCACCAUCAACUUCAGAGCACACGUCUCUGAGUGCGGUAUGGUGUGUUUAGGAGGGAUGAUGUAUCACCCGUGCACAUCAGCAUGCGGGAGGACGUGUCAGUCAAUCAGCAGUGGUGAAGUGUGUGAUGGCGACUGUGCUGAAGGAUGCAGCUGCACAGAGGGAACAUUCUACGAUCACGCUCGCCAGCGCUGUGUGCUGCUCUCCCAGUGUCACUGUUAUUUCAUGGGUUCAGUGUUUCAGCCUGGUGAAGUGUCCUUCAGCUCUUCUGGACCAUGUCUCUGCAGAAACGGUCGUAUGGAGUGUGUGUCUGAAGAGAGAGAGCCUGAGAGAGGAGAUUGUCCCAAUGGAAAAGUCUACUAUAGCUGCAGGGGUCAGAGUGGGCGUGGACCUUCAGGAAUGGGCGUGGCCUGUGAACUGACCUGUCGAAACCUGAUGCUGAACCUGACCUGCCCUCCCAUGACCCCAUGUGUACCAGGAUGUGGAUGUCCUGCUGGGCUAGUGGCUCAUAAUGGAGAAUGCUAUUACCCGGAGAACUGCCCUUGUGCAUGGCUCGGUCUAGAGUAUCUCCCUGGAGAGUCAGUGGACACUCCAUGCUACCGCUGUGUGUGUCAUCGUGGGUUCUUUAACUGCACAUAUUCACCGUGUCCAGCUGUGUGUACCAUUUACAGUGACCGUCAUUACCACACAUUUGAUGGCCUGGAGUAUGAUUAUGUCAGUGACUGCCAGGUUUACCUGGUCAAGAGUGUUGGCGAUCCGGAGGUGUCCAUCAUGGCUCAAAAUAAAGAUUGCUACGAAAGUGGGAUUGUUUGCAUGAAGUACCUGCUCAUCUAUGUUGGCCUCACUAAAAUCUACUUCAGUGACAACUCUGGUAAACCUGUGAGUACAAGACAUAACCCAUCUUCAUUUCAGCUGUGGGGUGCGGGAUACUACACUGUGGUUCACUUUCCUGCUCAAGAUCUGACCAUUUUAUGGGACCGCAAGACCACUGUCCAUAUUCGUGCUGGACCCCAGUGGAAGGGUCAAAUGAGUGGUUUGUGUGGAAACUUUGACAUGGUAACAGUAAAUGACAUGACCACAGCUGGACAUAUGGAGGUCAGUAACACACAGGCCUUUGGAGACAGCUGGGCUGUUGGACAGUGUGAGAGCGACUUUGUAGUUCGCAGACUGUGUGAAGGAGAUCUCAGUCGGCAGCCGUAUGCUAAGCGGGAGUGCGGCCUUCUCUACAGUGACGUAUUUGCUCCAUGUCACAAUGUGGUGGAUGUGACCUGGUUUUAUAAGAACUGUCUAACGGACACCUGCAACUGCAACCGUGGGGGUGACUGUGAAUGUCUGUGUACCAGUAUUGCAGCAUAUGCACACAAAUGCUGUCAAAAUGGUGUCACGGUGAACUGGAGAUCCCCCACUGUGUGUCCAUAUGACUGUGAAUAUUACAACCAAGAGCUGGGAGAGGGUCCGUUCACUCUGUCUAGUGCAGAGCAGAAUGACUCUGUAUGUGUGUUUGGGGCGAAUGUGAGCAGCGGUGAAGUGUUUCCCCUUCUGAGGACCAACGCUCAACCCAGCACCAUUUUCCACUUCAUGAUCACAACUGGACUAUACAAGGACCGAGCUUCCAGACUUCCUGUUGUCUCACUGGAGUCUGCAGAGAGGCCCAACUACUUUCUGUGUGUUACUGGGAACCGUCGGUUACGACUGGAACACUGGCAGCCUGGGGAAGAGUUCCGACGUAAGGCGACCUUCAUCCACCACCAGGGCCUGUGGUUACCUGGUCGAUCGUCCUUUGAGUUGCACAGUCAGAAGGGUGUCUUCCUCACUCUCUCUCAUACACACGCACGAGCUCAGAACUACGACCACUCAUACACCUUCAAAAUCAGCAGCAGUUUUAUCAUUGAGGAGAGCAGUUUUGUGAUCCCCUACCGCUUGAUAUGUGAGUGGAAAUAUCAUGCAUGUGCCAGUCCAUGUGUGAAAACAUGCAACGACCCCGAUGCAACACGCUGCCAGUUUUUACCUCUGGUUGAAGGUUGUUUUCCACGCUGUCCCAAGUCUAUGCUGUUGGAUGAAGUGACCAGGCGGUGUGUUUACAAAGAAGACUGUGUGAUACUAUCUCCAACUCCGACUCCUUACAUGUUCGUGACCCGAUCAAACAGAACCACAGCGGCUCCGACCUCUGCUCCUAUAACCACAACUACAACCACAACAACUCCCUCCACCACAACGGCAACAGCAAGCACCGCUCCGAGCACAACUGCCAGUACUACAAUCAUAACUACACCUUUGGAAGCAGAGGAUUUAAUUGGCAGCCCAACUACACCCACAUUACCACCAACCACACUCUCUUCAACUUUGGCCACCUCCACUGAAACUCCCACAACUCCCUCUCCACCAACCACAGAACCCCCUCUAGUCAGCACUGCCCCGCCCACCAGCACAGCCACGCCCACUACAGAGCCCAUAACAACACUUUUUACCACUUUAUCUACCUCAACCACAGAGGUGAUGACCACACCCGAGCCCACCACCGAACCAGAGACGACCUCUCCGACAACCACCAUCCCACCCGCUACAACCAGCACUGUUAUUACAACUGAGACCACAACUUCAGAACCGACUUCAACAACCAUCACCGCGGAGACAACAUCUGUCUCCACGACAACCGAGGAGCCCUCGACUACUACAGCAGCAGUACCAACAACCUCUGAGAUAAUGCCUUCACCCUCCCCUUCACCGGAGACAGCAGGAAUAACAACAGUGCUUCCUCCGUUCCUUCUACCCACAGGGCCCUGCACUCCUCCAUAUUCAUUGCGUGUUGACGAGUGCAGUGAGUACAUCUGCUUUAAUGGACAGCUGAUGCUGCAUAAUUCCUCUCAGCACUGCAGAUACAACAUCAGCCAGCCUCAGUGCAACCUGCUGGGGACCCCGAUCCAGACUAACACAGACCCCUGCUGCCCACUGUGGCAGUGCCCAUGUCGCUGCUCUAUAAUCUCUGACCUGCGUGUGAUCACGUUUGAUGGGAAUAAUGUGGCUCUGUAUGAUAUCGGUUCUUAUAUUCUGGUCCACCUGCCCAGAGAGAAAAUAGUUGGGCACAUUGAGAAAUGCCCAACCAGUGAGAGUGUGAACUACAUCAGAAGACCCACUCCCUCUGGUGGAACCUCUGGUCUGUGUUUUAAGAAGCUGAACAUUACAACUCAAUCGUACAGAAUUAUGGUCAACCGCUUGGACCGGAAGGUGUCGGUGAAUCAGAUUACGGCCCGGCUUCCUCUCACCAGACAGAACCUCAAUAUUGAUGACACCGGGACCAUGUACAUCAUUAAUACACCUGGUGGGAUCAACAUAAAGUGGUACCACAGCACUGGCAUCAUGGUCCUACAGUACACGGCUCCUGAUAACACCUCCACUAGGGGGCUCUGUGGAUGUUGUGAUGGUAAUCCAGCUGAUGACCUGCGGCUGCCCAACGGUACUGUGGUCCGGGAUGUUGAGGACAUCCCAGUGUUUCUGCACGGAUGGAUGGUGGAUACGUCAGAGGAUACAGAUUACUUCCGCAGAGUGGGAGACAACUGCACCACCGGCAACUGCUCCAAAUGUUUCACCAUGCUCAACCAAAGACCUUUCUCUAAAUGUCACCACAAGGUUUCUCCAGAACACUUCUGUGAUAAGAUAUGGGCUGGUGACCUACAUUAUAAAGAGCAUGAGUGUGACUUCCUGGCUGCUUAUGUGGCCAUUUGUUACACGCAUCAGAUCUGCUUCAGCUGGAGGAAAAGCAACUUCUGCCCACUCAAAUGUCCUCCUGGUAAAGAAUAUAAAGCCUGUGUGAAUACAUGUAAGACUCGAACAUGUCAAAACCGAGAUUACUACGAGGAGAGCACCUGUUCUUCUAUCAGAGAGGAGUGUGUGUGUAAAAGCGGCACCAUCCUGCACCGAGCAGACUCCGCCUUCUGUGUCACCGAGGACCAGUGCGUGUGUACGGAUAACGAUGGUGCUCCACGCGCCCCGGGUGAGGUGUGGAACGGCUCUCUGCGUGGCUGCUGUCUGUUCAAGUGUCUGGAGAAUGGUAGUGUGGUUCCUGUGGAACCCGAGUGCAGUUAUGAACCUGCCCCGCUGUGCGAGAGGGAGGGAGAGUAUGCAGUUGAUGUGCUGGAGGAAGGAGUCUGCUGUCCUAAGAAGAUUUGUGAAUGUAACCUCACCAUCUGUCAGAGUGAAGUGCCCAGCUGUGAGAAUGGAGACAAGCUGGUGAUUGGCUACAGCGCUCUGUCCUGCUGUCCCGAAUACAGAUGUGAAUGUGAUCCGCUGGCAUGCCAGAGUGUUCCUGCCCCGACCCAAGUGUACAUUAUUUGUGUACUGUUUUGA